AAAAUUCUAGAUCCGUUAUAUUGAUGCAUCACAUGAUGUAUGUAGUGUCUUUAGAGUUUACGUUGACCAAAAACAAAUCUAGAAAAAGAAAGCAUGUUCUUCAUUCAAUAACAUAUGGUUCUAGCGUUUACUAAGACUUUUCUUCCAUCUUCUCCUCCUUCAUAUCCACACACUCACAUUCAAAACCAACAUCCUUCAACAUUUCAAACCCAAAAACCAAACCAAACCCUCUUUAAUGGCUAAACACAACAUCAUCAUGUUCCCUUUCAUGGCACAAGGCCAUCUCAUCCCAUUCCUAUCCUUAUCCCUUCAACUCGAACAAAAGGGCUACCAAAUCACCUUCAUCAACACCCCUCUCAACGUCGCUAAUCUCCGCCGCACCCUUCCCCCCUCCUCGACCAUUCGCUUCGUUGAAAUUCCAUUCAACCCCACCGAUCACAACCUCCCUCCAAACUGCGAAAACACGGACACCCUCCCUCCAAACCGAAUAUACGACCUCCUCGUCGCCUCCACCGCCCUCCAACCCGCCUUCCAAAACAUCCUCAACGACCUCGUUGUGGCCGAAACGCCGCCGUUUUGUGUAGUGGCUGACUUUUUUUUCGGCUGGUCGGCGGCUGUGUCCCAUAAGUUUGGAAUUUGUCAUGUUAUAUUUAGUGGGUCUAGUGGGUUUGGAUUAGCGUGUUACUUUUCUUCUUGGAUUAAUUUGCCUCAUAAAAAUUGUGAAAAUGGUGAGUUUAUGUUACCGGAUUUUAAAGAGGCUGGAAAGUUGCAGGUGACACAGUUGACUCCGAGUCUUGUAGCAGCCACCGGUGUUGACCCGUGGUCAAAGUUUCAAAAAAAGAAUCUCCCGGAAUGGGCCGAGGCUGAUGGGUUUUUGUUUAAUACUAUUGAAAAGUUGGAUGAAGUUGGUUUGUCCUACUUUAGAAGAAAAUUCGGCCGGCCGGUUUGGGCCGUCGGACCGAUUAACUUACCUGUGUCUGGUGGAUCUCCUACACGAAAAAACGAAAAAUGGCUUCAAUUUUUGAACUCAAAACCAGCCUCUUCUGUUCUAUACAUCUCAUUCGGAUCACAAAACACCAUCACCGCAUCUCAAAUGAUGCAACUAGCAAAAGCAUUAGACAAAAGCAACAAAAGCUUUAUCUGGGUAGUCCGGCCACCCCUCGGGUUUGACAUCAACGCUGAGUUCAAACCCGAGGACUGGCUACCAGAAAACUUCAUGACGAAAAUAGAAGACGAAAAUCGCGGCCUCAUUGUAGAAAAAUGGGCACCACAAAUAGAUAUAUUGUCACACGAAUCCGUGGGAGGGUUUAUGACACAUUGCGGGUGGAACUCGGUGUUGGAGUCGCUCAGUUGUGGCGUGCCAAUGCUCGGGUGGCCGAUGGCGGCCGAGCAGUUUUAUAACGCGAAAAUGAUGGUCGAAAUAGCCGAGGUGUGUGUGGAAGUGGCUAGAGGGACUAGUUUUGAUGUGUGGAGUGAAGAUUUGAGGGAGAAGAUUGAGGAGGUGAUGAGUGAAGAUGGAAAAGGGAAGGAGAUGAGGAAGAAAGCUUUUGAAAUAAAGAUGAUGAUUGAAGAAGCAAUGAGAGAUGAAGAAGGUUUUAAAGGCUCUUCUGUGGAAGCUAUGGAAGAGUUUCUUCAAGCUCCAUUGUUGAUGAAGAUGAAGCAGAAUAAUGUAACACGUACUUGAGUUUUGAGGUUGUUUUGUUUGGAUUUUCACUAGUAUUAAGCACCUGCGUUGCGACGGGGUGUAAAACCGUGCCAAAAAGCAUCAAUGUCACACUACUGCGGGCGACCACUACUGAAGCUGCGGCAUGCUAAUGUGAAAUAAUUAGACCUAAACGCAAAACGUAGUAUGUCGUUGCGACGUGCAUACUUGAUAUAAAUUUUCCUUAAAAUCGAGUUGCGAAUAGUAUUUUACAAGUGAUGUGGUUCACUAUUUUAAUAAUGUAUAGUUAUGGCAUGGUUAUUUUAU